AAAAUACUCGAACAACAAAACAAAAGUUAAAAAGACAUGAAGCAACAACGUGACUUGGUCGUCGUCUUCUUUGUCCUUUUCAGCUUUCUCCUGUUUGUGAAUCUGAGUGAAGGAAGAUCAGGAGGAAGUGCAGAAGAAUAUUGGAAGAAGAUGAUGAAGGAUGAGCCAUUACCUGAACCAAUCAAAUAUCUUCUCAACAAUCCAUUUAGGACAGGACAAGAGAGGUUCGUCAAAGAUUUCAACACCAAGUCUAUCGUCAUCAUCUACCACAAUCCUAAUGUAUAACCAAUUAAAAUCAUAUAAUAUGGCUCUGCAUUUAUGUAUGCAUCAGUUUACACAUGCACCGUAUAAGUGUGUAUUAAUUAAG